AUGUCCACGGCCGAUGAUUCCACCACCGGCUCCGCCCCCCACGACGCCAAUCCAGCCGCGUCCAAGAAGCGGACCCACCCCGAGGACUUCAAGCGCGCCUACAAGGCCUGCAUCAACUGCCGUCAGCGCAAGGCCAAAUGCAUCCUGGGAACCGGCCCCGAUGGCGGAGAGCUGAAGCCGCCGUGCCAGCGGUGCAAGCGAGAGAUGCGCGAGUGUGUCUUCCGCUCCGAGCGCUCGUGGGUCAAGAGACGCAAGCCGGGCGAGGCGAGGGAGACUGAAGAAGACGAGCCUGUCCGGCCCCAGUCCAGCAAUGCCGCGCCCGCCCUUCACCCAUCGCCUGGUGGCCACCGAUCGUCAGUGUCGACGCAUGGCUUCACGCCGGGAGGCAGCCCGCACGUCAACGGCCAUCACCGCGCUGACUUCCAGUCUCCACACGCGCCCCUCCGCCGCAUCUCAUCGUCGCAGCCAGACCUGGCGCAUUCGGUGAUGCGCACCGUCGUGUCCAGCGGCAGCGAUGCCCUCAAUCUGCUGUUCGAGGCUGCAAACCAUCGCGACGCAAUUGACAACCAGGAGCAGGCCGCCUCGCAGGCAUAUGAGACGCCCCGGUCAGGGCCGUCUGGCUACAACAAUGACAUGCCAUCCUCGCCCUUCCAUACCUUUAGAGCGCAGCCGGUGCAGAUGUCGACACCGUCGCCCGAGACGCUCAAGGUAUGGACGUCGUGCCGCUUCGUGCAGAUGGGCUGGUUCUCUGCGCACGAGGCCGUCACGUACGUUGAUCUGUUUUUCAAAAAUUGCUCGCCCUUGUCGCCCAUACUCGGAGAGUUUUACUCCCUGCAUGAGAACCACUACACUUUGAUUGCCCUGGACCCGUUUCUCUGCACUACCAUCCUGAUGAUCUCGUCGCGAUACAACAUCCUGCCCGGCGUAGGCGGCGCGUCGCGCGGCUACUUUGUGCAUGACAGGCUCUGGGAGCAGUGCCAGCGCUUCAUCAUGAAAAUCAUGCUUGGCCAGGUGAAGCCCUCCAAAGCACAGAGCCGAACCAUUGGAUCCAUUGAAGCCCUUUUGCUGCUGUCUGAGUGGCAUCCGCGUGCCCUUCACUUUCCAACGGCCGCAGACGGCUGGGACUGCGAGCUGAUGAUUGGCGCAAACAACACCACCGAGGAGGGUGCAAAGCUGUUGGAGGGAGACGUGACCUCGAACCGGUGGCUGGAGGACGUUAUCGAGCCUGCAAAACGAUCCGACCGUAUGUCUUGGAUGCUGAUGGGCUGUGCCUUGUCGUUGGCCCAGGAGCUGGGUCUCUUUGAAGACAAUGCCAGAAUCGACAAGGACCAGAUAUCUUACCCAAAGUUCACGACCGAGUAUUUGAUCUUGCGGAGAAUUCGCGCCCGGAAGCUGCUUUAUGUCUUGCUUGAACAGCUGUCGUGGCGCCUGGGAUGCACCUCGAUGAUCCCCCAAAGCCUGAACCACGCUUUGAUGGAAAAGAUUCCCGUCGACUCAGCGACGGGUGCUGUGGAGCAGUGGCAGUCUUUCAUGAGUGCUUGGGUAGAGCUCACAAAGCUCGCACGCUCCAUCUCCGACACAAUCUAUCCUAACACGACUACCACAAGAAGCUUACUGCGCACGGGUCGCUACAUUGGGCUCCUCGAGCACUUUCAACCUCUACUGACAUCGUGGAGAAAGAAGUAUCUCGAUCCUUGCAAACUCAAAGUCGGGUUGCAUGACAUGCUGCACAUUGAGUAUCAGUACGUUCGCAUCUACACCAACUCUCUCGGCAUGCAGGCAGUCGUUGAGCGCACCCUCGCCGAAACCGACCCAGACGUUCCUCAAGAAGACAACCUGCCCUUCAAUCUGGAGCCAAGAGACUACGACUUUAUCCAAGAGGUGGUCGAUGGAAGCUGCCAGAUCCUGCAAAAGGUCUGUCAGCUGUCGGAAACAGGUGCACUGCGCUAUUCGCCAGUGAGGAUAUUCCUACGCAUCUCGACUUCAUCCAUUUACCUCAUCAAGGGACUGAGCUUGGGUUCGCGUAAUCAGAAACUGCAGUCAUCUCUGGACAUUCUUGAUGCCGCUAUCCGAGCACUGCGCGCAAAUACUCUUGAUGACAUGCAUCUGGCCUCCCGCUACGCCACAUUGCUCGACAUGCACGUCGCCCGUCUGCGCGAAAGCUUCGUCGUUUCUUCCCGACCACCUCGGCUCCCCUCACGCGCCACAUCCGCUGAACUCAAGGGCUCCACAACAGGCAUGGACUUUUUGAACAACCACAACGCCGGCCAGUCUAGUCUCUCAUCGCUUGCAGAAAACGUGACAAACCUCAUGCCAGACGACGACUGGCUUGCGCUACCUUUUGAUCCCGCCAUGGCGCCGUUUGGACUAGACAGCGGACAGCAGAGUUUCCAGGGCUUUGACGACGGGACCCUGGAUUUUAUUUGGAACCUACCCAUGUAA